AUGAGAGAAAGAAAGAAAGAAAGAAGGAGCAGAACCGAUGGACAUCUGCACAAAACUGAUGAUUUCAGCACGAUUUCAGCUUCAUUACGUAGAUUAUUAGUUGAGUUAUUUUAGAGUGACUGAUGAGGAAGAUGCUGUGGUCGUUUGCAGUGAUUUUCUCCUCACUGGUUUGUGUGGAGGCUCAGCAGAGAGGUCUGUUUCCCGCUAUCCUGAACCUGGCCAGCAAUGCUGAAAUCACCACGAACGCCACCUGUGGCGACCCGCUUCCCGAGAUGUUCUGUAAACUGGUGGAGCACGUUCCUGGAAGACGAAUCCGUAACCCUCAGUGUCGGAUCUGUGAUGCAAACAGCCAGAAUCCCAAAGAGCAACAUCCCAUUACUAGCGCCAUCGACGGCACCAACCAGUGGUGGCAGAGCCCGAGCAUCAAAAACGGCCCUCAGUUCCACUGGGUCACCAUCACUCUGGACUUACGACAGUGUUACAGACUUGACUUUGGUGAGAUCUCAAGCUGUGCCGGUUUAAUCUCAGCGGAGGGCCGUGAAGCUGGUUUUAUGCUCCCCUCCUCCUCUGUCGUUGUCGCGGCGAACUCUCCGCGGCCCGGGAACUGGGUUCUGGAGCGUUCUCUGGACGGAGUGGACUUCCAGCCGUGGCAGUACUACGCCAUCAGCGACACCGAGUGUCUGACCCGAUACAACAUCACGCCCCGCCUCGGGCCGCCCACCUACAAGAGAGACGACGAGGUCAUCUGCACAUCCUACUACUCACGCCUGGUGCCGCUGGAGCACGGCGAGAUCCACACGUCUCUCAUAAACGGCCGACCCAGCGCAGAUGAUCUGACCCCAGAGCUGCUGGAGUUCACCUCCGCUCGCUUCAUCCGGCUGCGUCUGCAGAGGAUCCGAACGCUCAACGCCGACCUCAUGACCCUCAGCUACCGCGACCCCAAAGACGUGGACCCCAUCGUCACCCGACGGCACGAAUGUAACUGUCACAACAAAGCCGUCGACUGUUACUACAACCAGACGGUGGCGGAUCUGCGGCUGAGCGUGAACACACUCGGCCUGUUUGUGGGAGGAGGAGUGUGUGUGAACUGCUCGCAGAACACAGCAGGAGUGAACUGCCAAACCUGUGCAGACGGAUACUACAGACCACACCAGGUGUCUCCGUACGCUGAUAACCCAUGUGUCGAGUGUCAGUGUGACACGAGAGGUUCUGCGAGUCCCGUGUGCAUCAGAGACGAUAAUCACGCGAACCCCGACGCAGGUCUGUCCGCCGGUCAGUGUUUGUGUAAGGAGGGUUUUGCGGGUGAGAAGUGCGACCGCUGUGCGUUCGGAUUCAGGGAUUUCCCACAAUGCACUCGCUGUGAGUGUAACCUGGCUGGAAGCCACAACGUCGACCCCUGCAGCGAGUGUGUGUGCAAG